UAAUAAUAUUUAUAUGAAUAUAUGAUAAUAAUCUUGAGGAUUUAUAUUUUGGGCAAUGUGUAUUCGAUUGCAUCAAAGAUAGUUUUUUCAAAUAUAUCUAUCUGUCUAUACUAAUAAGGUAGAGUUUUAUCUAUUUUCAUCCCUCCACAUCAUCAGUAUCAUAGGAGUUUUUGCUGACACGUCAGCUUAUUUCUGAGCAAAGACAUAACUUUCCCUACUUUACGACUGUUAGUGGAUAAUGGAUUGUACAAGAUUGGUUUAAAGCUCAUUAAUCAAAUCCAUCAUCUCCUUCCUUUUGUUGCCUUGAGGUUGCCAAACACCAUUAUCUUGGCGAAACCGUUGCCAUUACGGUUGUAUGCCAGUUUCAUGCGAUUUACUCAUUGUUCUUAAUGAUGAAUAUCAAUAAUAGAAUCCCAUGUGACAUUAACAGGUUCGUCAUCUUUGAAACGCUUCAGUAAGGGAGCAACAGGUAUAGGCGUAUGUUCCUUAAAAGUACUCUACAAACAGUGUCAACAUGAAUAUUGUUAAAACUUCCAUAUUGAUCAUUAAAAUCGCUGAAGACAUGUUAAAAUUUUAACAAAGACAGGACAACCUUUUUUGUGGUGACACAUAUCUCUGUGGAAGAACAAAUACAGAUUCCUGGUACAUAAUGACAGCAUUGAAGGGUUUUACAGGAGAGGUGGCAUCGUUUCUUGGCAUUGAUGUGAAAAUUUCCUGCAUCUAAACGGUAUAUAAAUGUCUGAUGUGAUAAAUUAAAUUUUAAAUCCAAAAGUAAAACAUAAAAUUGCAAUAGAUUAUUGAAUAAAAAAUAAAUAAAUGUCAAAUCACAUCAACUAGUUUUGUUAAUAGAUUCAUAAUCUACAUGAUCAUGUGAUCUUUUUUUUUAAUUUUUUUUUAAGAACUAAAAACAUAAAUUCUUAAUUAAAAUAUAUAAAUGUAUUCUAAUAAUGUAACUAAAAAACUCAAAAGUUACGUAUUGAUUCAACCACUGGUUUAACAGGUAGUCGGGUUAUGAGUUUUAACAGUUUUUUGUGGAUUUUAUCGGGUUUUUAAAUAAUGGUUUUUUUCUUAAAAUCUAAAUUGAAUUAUAUAUCGGGUCACUGGGUUUACCUGUUCGACCGCAGAUUCGGGUCGGAUUUCAAAACAACGGCUGUAAGCAUCCAAAAGAUGAGAAAUUUAAUUUUUUAUUUUAAAGUCAAUUUUAAUCGUAUUUUUAAUUUCACCUUUUAAAAAAAUAUUUUCAUUUUUUUUUCUUAAACCCUUGAAAAUAUAAAUACAACACGGAUUGGACAUAGACUUUAAGAACUCAACUCAACUCUAAUUUGAAAACUAUAUAUUUUUUGUUAAUGGGAAAAAAUAACCAACAGGAGUAAAAUAUACAUAUUGAUCUGAAAAGGAAACAGAGGUUGUUAUUACAUAUUUCAGAUUAACUUCACUAAACAAAAAAUAACAGAAUUGUUAGUAAGUAUACAACGCCACCCAAAUUAAUUAAUAUGAUUGGUUCUCCAAGAAUCUCCUAAGAUUAAUUUAAUUACGUUGAAAAUUAUAUAUUUUUGUUAGCGAUAAUCAUAUGGAAAAAGAUGCAACUUGUAAUAGAUAUGAGAUUGUCUUCACCUAAACACAAAGGACAAAGGAAACUAGACUUUAUAUAAGUCCGCUUAGGAAAAGGUCUUCUUUAGUCUAUCAAAAUCACUAUAUAAGCAAAGCAUUGCUACUACUUAAAUCCUCCCUCUCUCAUAUUGUUGUUAAUAAUUAUCUCAGAGAGAUUGCCAAAAGAGAAUCCUAGUUUAGUUUUCGAUGAAGAUGGUGACAGAUGGUGAUGAUGAUCAACGCUCCGAGGAGGGUUCCAGAGGUGAGAAGAGAUGUCUUGAACUUCUGGCGACGUCGCUUGGCUCUUACGGUGAGGAAGAAACAAGAAGUGUACGAGUAAGAGAAGAAGAGGAUAGUGUAUCUACGGAGCUUGAUGAAUGCAAGAAUCAACAAAACCCUACUACUUAUCUUCAUGAUUAUGCUUCUUCUUCUUCUUCUUCUUCUUCUUCUUCUUCUUCUUCUUCUUGGAGUUUGUCCUCCGUGGAGUCCAAGAAGCGUCGUGUAGUGUAUCAAGAACCCAUCAACGCAGAGCCUCUUAGGGAAGUUAAGCCUUCGGUCAGAGGAAAAAAGCCGGUCAAACCAGAGAGAGGGGUUACACCGGAAUGGCUGGUUAAUCUGAUGAUAACAGAAAAGGGAGUGGGCGCGAAGCUGGUGAUUGAUAAGAUGAUUCAGACGAGUGAUGUCAACCCAAACCAAGGACGUCUCUUGAUUCCUUUUAAGCAGAUAGUGGAGAUGGACUUCUUGAACGAGGCAGAGUUGCACCUCAUAGAUGAACAUCAAAGAGAUAAUAGUAGUAACAAAGGUGUUGCUGUGAUCGUGGUCGCAUCGGAUGGUAGAAAACGGAAUGCUAAACUAAGGAGAUGGAAUAUGAACUGUCCCAAUUACGCCUUAUGUUCUGGAUGGAACCACGUCGUCCGCGAGAACAAUCUCGAGGACAAGGUAGGGCAGAGUUUUCGACUAUGGUCAUUCCACUCCCAAGAUGGAACGAAGCUCUAUCUUGCCUUCUUUCAUCAGCCUCCAGCUUCGGAUAUGUCUCAAGCUAUGCAUGCAGCUUCAUCUUCAUCCAUGGCUCUAGAAAGAGAUUCAGGCCAAUGCAUACUCGACCUAAAUGUACCAUUUGUACAAGAGAGGCGUGAUAGGAGGACUUCACUGGAAUCAGUCACAGAGACGACGACGGUGGACCUCGUGCUCCGGCUGGGGCGGUCUGUGGACCUAAAUAUACCAAUGGCCCCAGUGGGCACGGAGAUGGCUCCUCUCGAAGCUGUACAAGAUACCUCACUGGAAUCAGUCACAGAGACGACGACGGUGGACCUCGUGCUCCGGCUGGGGCGGUCUGUGGACCUAAAUAUACCAAUGGCCCCAGUGCGCACGGAGAUGGCUCCUCUCGAAGCUGUACAAGAGACCUCACUGGAAUCAGUCACAGAGACGACGACGGUGGACCUCGUGCUCCGGCUGGGGCGGUCUGUGGACCUAAAUAUACCAAUGGCCCCAGUGCGCACGGAGAUGGCUCCUCUCGAAGCUGUACAAGAGACCUCACUGGAAUCAGUCACAGAGACGACAACGACGGUGGACCUCGUGCUCCGGCUGGGGCGGUCUGUGGACCUAAAUAUACCAAUGGCCCCAGUGGGCACGGAGAUGGCUCCUCUCGAAGCUGUACAAGAUACCUCACUGGAAUCAGUCACAGAGACGACGACGGUGGACCUCGUGCUCCGGCUGGGGCGGUCUGUGGACCUAAAUAUACCAAUGGCCCCAGUGCGCACGGAGAUGGCUCCUCUCGAAGCUGUACAAGAGACCUCACUGGAAUCAGUCACAGAGACGACAACGACGGUGGACCUCGAGCUCAGGCUGUGAUUUUGACCCGGGAAAAGGCGGGAAUACUUUUGUUGACAAAUUUAUUAAUCUUUGUGUUUGUUCACUGAUAUAUUUAGGCAAGAUAGUUUAGUUUCCAGUUUGAUUCCAAUUUUCUUUUUCGAUUUUGGUUGAAUUAAGAUUUUUGUUUUUUUGGUUCAAGAGAUAUUAAAGUCUUUUUUUUUUUAACUAUUAAAGUCUUUUUAUGAUCAAAAGAAUAUCAAAGUCUAUAUUUGUUUGUAAGCAUAAUAUGUCAAGGAAUAUUUUUUUUAAAUUUUUUAAAUUUAUUUUAGUAUUAAAAUACUAAAAGAGGUAUCCAUCUCCUUACCUGCAUCUCAUCUCUGUACCUUACACAAGUGUAUGCAGGGGCGGAGGCAGAGAAUGCUAUUGUUGGGGGCAAAAAUCCUCUCACCCUGAGGGCAGAUACUCUCAAGAAGCGACGAAAAAUCAGAGACAUGCAGGUUUUAGAAAACGGCAGGCCAGUUUUUUUUUUGAAUCGAACCGCAUAUAAUAAUUGGUUGAAUGUACCGGUUUAUUCCGGUUUGAAAUGCGGUUUUAGUAAUAUACACUCACUCGAACAAACAAACAAUAAUCUAGACUUGCAAAUUUUCAUUGUACACCGACCGAGUUAACUCGGCAGAUCAAAGAGCAUGGGAGGAGGGGUUCUGCAGAAGUUCCUAGUCGCAUCAAUGUUCAUGGGGAUGCUUCCUAUUGCGAUAUUAUACUGUUUCAACAAUGAUUUGCUUCCUGGUUCAGCAACACUGUCUCCUCAUUCUCUAACACUACUGAGUGGAUUUCUUGCGGUGGUGUCAGUCAAUGUAGUGAUUGUGUUCUACAUCUGUGUGGCGCUUAAGGAACCUGUAGAUAAACACAAGCC